UGUGGGCGUGGCGCGUACGGUCACGUCGCCCUCGUCGGUGUCUUGACUACGUAAGGCCGUCUUGGAGGUAAGUAACCGUCGUUACCUGUUACGUCUCCGAGAGAGUGAAAAAGCAGAAGACCGCAAAAACAGCAACUACCAUCAAAAACAGCUGCUUCGGAGCAGUGAAGUGUCUUCAUGGCAGUUCGUAGAGGACACUCAAAGUACAUGAAAGCCGACCAACAGGAGGUGUUUGACAUGUCAAACGGUUAUGAAGACCACAUGGGAGGGGAUGAGGGGAAGGAUGCCAAAACCAACCUGAUUGUGAACUACCUGCCUCAGAGCAUGACGCAGGAUGAGCUGCGGAGCCUCUUCAGCAGCAUCGGGGAGGUGGAAUCGGCCAAGCUGAUCCGAGACAAAGUCGCAGGCCACAGUUUAGGGUACGGAUUUGUUAACUAUCUUAACCCUAGUGAUGCAGACAGAGCUAUCAAUACACUGAAUGGACUAAGGCUACAGUCCAAAACUAUCAAGGUUUCAUACGCACGGCCCAGCUCUGAUACAAUAAAGGAUGCCAACCUUUAUAUCAGCGGCCUGCCUAAGUCUAUGACCCAAAAGGAUGUGGAAGACAUGUUCUCACGUUAUGGACGCAUCAUUAAUUCUCGAGUACUUGUUGAUCAGGGUACAGGUACGACAGGUGCGUCUCGUGGAGUUGCUUUUAUCCGCUUUGACAAGAGGGCUGAGGCGGAGGAAGCUGUCAAAAACCUGAACGGCCACAAACCCCCUGGAGCCUCAGAGCCAAUCACGGUGAAGUUUGCUGCAAAUCCCAACCAGGUGAAGAACACGCAGCUCAUUUCACAACUGUACCACAACCAGUCCAGGCGCUUCGGAGGACCUUUACACCACCAGGCCCAGCGGUUCAGGUUCUCUCCCAUGGGUGUUGAUCACAUGGGUGGAAUGGGAGGAGUCGGCGUCCCUGGGAACUCCACCUCUGGCUGGUGUAUCUUCAUCUACAACCUGGGCCAAGACGCAGAUGAGAGUGUCCUCUGGCAAAUGUUUGGGCCAUUCGGUGCCGUCACAAACGUCAAGGUGAUACGCGACUUCAACACAAACAAGUGCAAGGGCUUCGGCUUCGUCACCAUGACAAACUACGAGGAGGCGGCCAUGGCUAUCGCGAGCCUUAACGGCUACAGGCUUGGAGACAAGAUACUGCAAGUGUCCUUCAAGACCAGCAAGGGCCACAAGUAAUGACAUCUGGACAAUCAAGUGUUAAAUGGUGGGGAAACAACCAGCGCUGGGCUUUGAUUGCAGAAGUAGAAGUUUGCAAAGUGCAGCGCUAUCAGUUUGGGUUUAAUGUGUUAUGAGUUCAAUGAGAUGUUCAAUCUUCUGCACCUUUGUACUUGUCUAAAAACGUGUAUAGACACAAUCUUUUUUGUAAUUGUUUUUUUUUUUUUUUUCUGUUUUCCUAUGCGUGGGGCUUGAGGACACUCAGUAGUUUUCAUUUUUAUUAGAGAGGGAAUGGAGAGGGCAAGAACCCCAAUAUAAUUCCAAGCAAACUUUUUUUGUGAAAUUAAGAUAAAAUCAAAAUGCAUACAAACAAGAGUGAGCAGUUUUGGCUGGCAAAUGCAUCUUGGUGCACUGUAAAGACAGAUGUGAAAUGUUUUUAAAGUCAGAUAUUUUAUGGGAACUUAAAUUACGAACACUUGGUCAAGGAUCCUUUUCACGUAGAAGUAGAUGCCUUAAAUUAUCAUUUAGAAACAGACCUACAUUACCACAUGCUGUCUCGAGUCAAUCUUAGAGUAAACACUUUUAAUAAGUGUGUUUUCACUAAAUAUGAAUAUCAGUCUUUUUGAUGUGAAUCUGUGACGUUACUCACCCUUCUACCAGGUUCCCAGUUUAAAACCGUAACCUCCGAAGGGAAACUGUCACCCCUGUGUAAAGUGUUUUUUCUUCUUGUUUUUUUAUUGACAAAAGUUGUUGCAGAGGAGGGUGACCCCAGACAGUGAGUAGAGAGUUGAGAUGGACCAAAGGCAGGGAGAAUUUUGAUCCAGUAACCCGGAAGAGAUGGUAUUUCUUUUUUUUUUUUUGUAGAGGUACUCAAGUUCUAUCUGACAUUGACUGAGAGCAAUUUCACUCUGGCUCAGUUUGCUGUUUUGUUUUUGUUUCAUUUUGAGUUCUUUUUUUUUCUUUCUUACUAGAGGCUUAGGCUUUUAUUUGUUCCAGUGUAAGUUACAAACUUGUUUUGAGUGCUUAUCUCAAGUUUGGAAAAAAUAAAUUAAUUGCCUUUGUUAUUGAUUUCACUAUAGUUUUCCUUUCUUUUGUUUUUGGUUGUUUUCACUUUGACCAUAAACCAUUAAAUUUUAUUUCAUUUUGAUCAAAAUUUUGUUUGGUUUGUUUCCUUUUUUCCUUUCCUUAGAUUUGAUUUGGAGUUUUGUUAUUUUGUUUUUUUCCCCCUCGCAGCAAAUCAUCAGUCCAGAUAAAACAACCCUGGGUGGACCUCCUUAAAUAGAAAACAGGCUCUUACAAAAAAAAAGCUUUUUAGCAUAGAUCACAGCAGUUUGAGAAAUGAAAGUAUGGACCAAUGUUAGUUGAGGUAAGAGUGUUUAACCUUUUAUAGAGAUACUUGACUUGCAUCUUUGUGGGGAUUAUUUAUCAGGUUCUUAAAUAAGUCUGCUUAAUUCUGGAGCAUUAUUACAUUUAGACUGACUUUAUUGACAGUGUUGUGUGUAGCUGUGCAGAGUGGUGCCAGAUUUAUUCAGAAUCAGCCAUGUUUAACGUUCCAACACUGCAGCUGAUUCCAUGUUAAAGCUUUUUAGACCUAGAUCUCUUGUGGUAUUUGAGGGGGGAUUACUUAAACCGAUGAGGAUGUUAAAGGUGUAAAUGUAGCUUUGUCCCAGCUUUGCUCUUUGAAACACAAUCAUCAGUAUAUCACAGCUUUUUGUUCUAGUGCUGAAUAACUGCUUAUCCUGUGAGGUGGUUAAACUGAAACGUCAACAUUUACACUGAAAUCCUUCCCUUUUUAUCUCAUCUACAGAGAAAUCUGCGACCUCUUUGUAUCGAAGCAAGUGAUGUGUGGGAACAGUACAUGUCUCCCCCUCCCCCAGCAAUAAUUUUUCUGAUGCGUCGUGACAUGCUUAUUAAACAAGUGUCUCCACUCUUAAAGGAAUAUUCCCAUCACAAGCUUCAGAUUCCAGUUUUUAAGUGCUUUUUUUUUUUGUUUUGUUUUGUUUUUGGAUUCCUUGUUUUUGUCACAAUCCUUAACUUUGUGCAAUAUUUCAUAAUAACUUAAACAAGCAGAUAAAUUUGUUUUAGUCUGUCAUUUUUAUAAUUUCGUUUUUCUACUGAUGUUAUAUGUUGCUGGUGAAUUUUCCCUCAGAAAACCAGUCGCAUAGAAAGUUGCGAGGUGUUUUUAAAGGGCAGUCAGGAUAAACUGCAUUCUGCCUUAAUUUAUCUGAGAAGUUGGCGGACGAACUAGUAUUUAGUAUUUAUUUGGUAAUGUACGUGUUCAUGCUUGUUACUUAAUGGAGUGUUUAAAAUGGAUUCUCAAGUUUUGUGUUCUUGGUUUUGAACAGGCACUAAGUUGAAAUCCGUGAAAUGUCUUUUAACAUUGGAUCAUUUCAAUAAAAACAUGGUGAAUAUUUAAAAUC